UGAAAAGUUAACAUAGCUGUUGCGACAUGUAAACAAAAGAAGGCGAGCUUGAAAAAAUAACCAUAUAAUAUUUCUUUAAAUCAAAUCAGUUGCUCCGUAUUCUAGUAAAAUUAGUUUCAUGCCAAUUUAUAUUUCUUUUCCUAAACUUUCCAAUGACACAGUCUGUUGUUAUCCAAGGUAACUUGAAUAUUAUAUUAAUAUAGCGAUUCAUUCAAUAUUUAAAAAAAAAAAAUAAUGAUAAAAUUGUUUUGCCUGAUUCUCACUGAUUGGUCUUGAUUAUGACAAUUAAAUUAUGAUUCUAAUAUUUAUUUGACUGGGUAGUUAGAAUUCUUUAGGUUAGGGUUAGGGCCUAAAUCAAAAUAAUAAAACAUAUGAUAGGACUAAAAAUGACAGUCCAGGAAUAAUUACGAAAGUGGCAAUAUAUUUUAAUAUUUAGUUAGAAUAAUAUAGUUAUUCUAAGUUAUAUAACUAGCUUGACUUAUAAUUUAUAAUAUACUAUAACUAAAGGAUAGGGAUAGGUAAGGCUAGACAUUUUAUUUUUUUAAAAUUAGUAACAAGUAAAUUAAUCAUAUCGGCUACUGCCUAUCCAUAUCCAGCAAUGGUAAUGAUCUAUGAUACUAGGCCAAUUGUGCAUAAUAUGAGGGUACUCGCCUAUGCAAUUAAAUUAAUUAUUAUUUUCUGAUGAUCAGAAUAUAAGGAUAUUUUUAGCCCUGUGGCAUUUUGGGCCGAUAGCCAGAGUAAAGAAUAAAGAUUCUGUCUUGACUCAAGCAAUUAUGAAUUGAUAAAUUUUAUUCAUAAAUGAUGUAAAGCAUCUCAAGAUUGGUUAGGAGGCUGGGAAAGGGGCUACUAAACAUAUGUGGAUGAAAUGUCAUGAGAUUAUCAAAAUUUUGUGUCGAAUUUGUGACAAUGGCAAGGGUAAAAAAUCUGCCAAAAAUGGUGUAAUAUCAUUUAUGCAUUACCCUUAGCUGUAACUGUAAGUAGUUUAAAAUAUCUUAGCCCUUAGGUAGCUGAUAACUUUUUCAAAAAUACAGGAACCUCCCCAACCUUCCUACUCUUGGAGUUCCUGAAAGGGAGGGGUACAAGAUUUUUAAAAAAAUGUCCAUUGUUUAUUUUGUCCCAGACGUAAAAACCAAAGAUCCUAUUAUUAGCUAUUGAAAUGAGUAGCCUACUAAUAGGAGGAGCUUUUUAUAUUGCCAAUCGUUUAUUGCUAUAAUAAAUUAUUUGUGAGAACAAUUCAAUUAUCAAUGAUAAUGACGCAUAUGUUAAUAUUUCAUAAGUUUAUAUUUAAAAUUCUUUAUUGUGGUUGGUAGCCAUUGUGUUUACCACAAAUAACGUAGUCAUUGUAUAAUCAUCAUCAUGGGCUCUACUACAGCCCAUGUUGUAGGGUCCUGACCUGCUCCACCACAUCCUUCCAUUGGGAUCAAUCUAAUCUAUGGCUUUAUGCCUCCAUUCCCCCCCCCCCCCCCCGGUUGCAGGGGUUGAUGAAAGCCCUUCUCUACAUGAUCAAUUCAUUGAGCACUCUGACCCUAGAAAUAUUUUUAAGCAGGCCUAAUUGAACAUGGAAAUUCUUUAUAGGCUAAUCUGCCUACAUCAAAGAUAGAAUUACAUUAGGUUAAAUAAAGGCGGCUUUGAGCUGUUACAUGUGAAACGCAUCUGAAACAUUAGCAAUGGCCUAUGGAGCAUCAUUUUUCUUUUAACUUGUUGCAGUUGGGCAAUGUGGAAACCAGAUAGGAUGCAGAUUUUGGGACUUGGCUUUGAGAGAGUAUGCUCAUGUUAACAAGGUAACAUUUUAAUGAUAGUAUAGAUUGUAUUUGUAUUGAGCAUGUUUUUCUCAAUAAUAAUGACCCCAAAUCACUAUUAGUAUUAGAAUUUCCGUGCAUGUUUUAUAUAUUGAAGACUUAGUUGUAAUAUACAAAUGUGGUUUCAAAAAGAGACUUUAUUUGAUCUAUGCACACACAAUGUAAACCUCCUGGAUAUAUUACAAAUGUAGGCCAUAGAGAUACUUAAGUCCUAAUUAGAAAUUGUUAUCGCUUAGAUUAAUGAUAGUUGAAAAAAAAUAUAUAAUUGAAAUUGGCAUACUUGAUUUGAUUCAAGUUCAAUGCUUGAAACAACAAAGAUGACUGAUUUACUUGUCAUGCUAUCAAAAUUUUGGGAUUCUGCUAAAACACCAGAACAGAAGUCACAUUUUAUGAGGGCCUCAAAUCUCAGGUUAUAAAAUUUUGUCUUGGUUAAAAUAUGUAUUUAUUGAUGUGAGGUGAUGAAAAUGAAUAUGUACAAUGAUGUAAUCAAAAAACAUUUCCAAUUAUUUGGAUCAAUAAAAGAGUCUUAUCUUAAAUUAUAAAGUAGAUAUAUCAUAAUUAUCAAACAAAUAAAAGGACUUAUUUAAUCACACCCAUACAUUUUCAUGUAAGUUUUAAUUCAAGUUUUUAUUUAAUUUCAGAAUGGUGUUUAUGAUGAAUCAAUUGGGAGCUUUUUCCGCAACGUUGACAGUAGACAUGAAGAUCCAGCUAACAUUCCUUUAGGACAUGGGAAAGGAAAGAUCAAGUCACUCAAAGCCAGGGUAAAUUUAAUCUUGUGGACAGGCCUAAUCAGUUCAAACUUCUAUUGAAUAUAUAUAUAUAUAAUAAUAAUAAUCAAAAGCUCGAAGCGCGGUACAAAGUCAACCAUAUUAAAAAGAGAAAUAAAAAUAAUCUAAAAUUUACCACAUUUAAAAACAGACACAACAAUAUAAAGCUAUAUACGAGGAUACCCAGUCAAAGUCUUUCAUCCCGUUUCAAUCAUAAGCAACACAAGCCAAUAUACAUUAACUGAAAAGAUGGUAGAUAGCAUCACCCCAGAAGGUGUUUGCGAAAUAGAUAUGUUUUUAAAUAUUAUAUAUGUGUGUGUUUGUAUGUCUAAAUGCAUGCUAUUUAACAUUUAGUCUAGUAGUGUUUUUAAAAAAAAUCUAUGAGAACCCAAUGUGUGACCUUUCACGCUUUCAUUUGUGGUUGAAACGUAUGCUGCAAUCGAAUGCGAAUAGUCUCUUAAGUCAGCCUGAGAGCUGUCCCAGAAACCAUGCAGAUAUUCAGUUCCCCUGUGUUCUCAGUGUGGAAUAUAUUUGUUGAAAUUGCAUAUUUUGAUUUUGUAACAUGCCAACACAAAUCUGUAAUGUUUUUGUUAUAUAUUACUUCAUUAAUUAAAAAAAAGUUUAUCCGAGUUAGUUAGCACGACAUUUAUAAUUUAUUGCCAAAAAGUAAACAUGGCCGAACUUAGCUGCAUACCUAUUGAUUAAUUAUUUAAUUUUGCAAAAUAAUUUAAAAACACUUUUCCAAACUGUUAGAGUUUACAUUUAAAUCAUGUAAGAAUAAAAAGCGUUUGGUAAAAGAUUAGCUGUUUAUCCUUCUUGGGGUGAAAUGAUAAAUACUUCAACCAGUCAAAAAAUUUGACAAGCUUGCAACUACUUGGUUUUUUUUUCAAUUCAAUAAUAUUGAGUUUUAAAACGUAUGUUUAAGUUUAUUUCAGGGGUGGGUGGGUGUCGUCAUCAAAUUGUAAUUUUAUAAUGUCAGUAUUUUAAUUGCCCCAUUACUAUCAGGCUGUGCUUGUUGACAUGGAGGAAGGUGUUGUGAGUGAAAUGAUGAAGGGACCUCUUGGUGAAGUCUUUGACUGUAAACAGCUGCUCACAGACGUGUCUGGCUCUGGUAAUAAUUGGUAAGUAAAUCAAAGCAUCCAGUAUUUAUUUUAAAUCCAGCUAAGAGCGAAGGAGUGUCACCUCUCGGCAUAAUAACCUAUUUAGGAACUGAAUGAUACCAAAGCCAGUCAUGGUAGUCGAUGAAUACUUGCAUCAUAUGCAAAGCUCUGAGAGUUUGACAGUAACAAGAUAAAUUGACAUCCCCAGCCAGUUUACUAUAAAUUUUUGUGGGAAAUCAAUACAAAAAUGUCUAUGUUUAAUAAAAAUAGACCACAUUUCUAACAAAUUUAUAUUGGGUUGUAUUUAUUUAUUUCUUGUGAAUUGAUUUUAAUUUAGCAUGAUGUUGACCUCCGCAAACUAAUUUCUUUACCUGAAUUCCUGCAAUACUGUCACCAGGGCAACAGGCCACAAGAUGUAUGGGAGCCAGUACAGAGAGAAUCUAUCAGAAGUUGUUCGCAGAGCUGCAGAGUUUUGUGACUGCCUACAAUGUUUCUUUGUUUUACAUUCCAUGGGUGGUGGUAAGUCUUUCUGCUACUCAAUACAAAUUUAACAUUCUUAAAUUAAUUUUUUAUUACUUCUAGUUUUUUUUUUAAAAUCUAAAUGUAUCAAAUAUUUGAUCUUUAAAAAUUAAUCAGGAUCAUUAAAACAUUUUCACUUUAUUCUAAGAAAGAUACCGCUUUAACUGUAACAAAUAUUUGUAUGUACUUUUUUCUUCUUUUUUUUAGAAAUUGAGCUUUAUAACAAAAUGCUCCAGUUGUACUAAUUUGUUGUAAUAUAAAAUGUUUUCAAUAAUUAUGUGGAAUUUUAAUUUAAGAACAAAAUACCCAAUCAAUGACUUGUUUUUAAAAUGUAAAAAGAUUACAUGGUGGUAACAUUUUUUAAAAUUCUUUUCAAUUUCAAUAUCUUACAUACCUAUGAUUUUUGUAUAUUUAUUAUAAUUUGAGCUAACAACUUAAACAUUUUCCUUCAAUUAAUGUAACACUCGCAACUAGCAGACAAUUCAAUUUAUAAGGCAAGAUUUUAUUUUUAAAAAACUAUUGGCUUUUAUUUUCCGCAAAGUUUCCAUAAAAUCAAAUUAAGAAUUAUUGCAUUUUUAUCUCAAUCUAGCAAAGUCAUAAACAUUAAAGUACAUUCUAGCAAUAUGACUAAGAGCUAAAAAUCCACGAUUCUUAAAACUAAUUAUUAUUAUAUGCUCAUGCACUUAAUGACUGUAUAUAUAUUAUAGUAUAGUUAAUAAAAUAAUUAAUUUUUCAUAGAUAAUUUUUACUAAAAUAAUGCUAAAACAACACUAUGUGAAAUAUUGUUUAUGAAUUCAACCAAGCAUUACAAAACAUAAUAAUGAUUAUAAUAUAAAAAAUAAUACUAGCUUUAUCUAUUCAAUGCAUCAUUCAUGAAUAUAUAACUUAAUAAGCUGCUAUCAAAACUAGUUUUACAAUGCUGUGAAAGAUAGUAUCUACAUUCUUAAGAUUGUAUUCAGGGGUUUACAAGAAAAACUUUACAUAAUCAAAAUAAAUGUGAUAUAACAUUUUCAAAAGUUUCUAAAAAAUAUCAAUAACAAUAAAAAACAUGUCAGCUUUAAAUUUUGCUGUUUCAAAAAAUAUAUAUAGAAUUUAAAUCAAAAUUUGUCUGGUGACCCUGACAUGUUGGAUUUCCAGAGGAAUGUUUAUAGUUGUUAACUACUCAAGGAAGGUAUGAGUUAUCUCAAUCAAACGUAAUUUUUAAAAGUCAUUUAAAAAUAACUAUGUUACUGUAAAGUUUACUUUUUUUUAAAAAUAUAAUUGUUUCAACACUAAAAAUCCCUUGAAUUUUCUGAAAAAAUUUACUGCAUGCAGGUUUUGCAAAUGAUUAUUAUUUCUUUCUUCAUCUAAACAUUUCUCCAUGUAUCCCACUAUCAAUGAAAGUAUUUUCUAUGAUAAGUGGUUUGAACUGCUGUUGAACUCAAACAGUUUAAAAUACUUUUAUUGCAGCCUGGGUUUACAUCAAGUUUUGUUUUGCCCUCCAUUCAAGUAACAUCAACCUUCACUGAUCUUACAUUUAUAGUCUUUAAGACAAUGUUCUUGUGAAUCCCCUCUUUAACUGGUGUCAGCGUGUACAUGAAUUUGAAAAGAAUACUUAAGAAAAAAAAAAAAAGACAAUUACAUAAGUACUAACUCACAUGAUGAUUCAGAGCAUAUAAUUUCUUUAAUAGAUUGUUACCAAAACAAGAAAAGGUGUUUCAAAAUAUUGAUACCGGUACAUCAUAUUAUUUGGAAGUUUAAAAAAAAUAUAUAUUAUCAGGUAACACCUAUUUAAAUACUGUCAGUGUCUGUUAUGUCAUACUAUUUGAAAUUUCAAAACUCUAGAAAAGUGUUAACAGAUAAAACCUAUUUAAAUGUUGUCACUGUUUAAAGCCCAAUUUUAAAAAAAAUAAUAAUAAUUUACAGACCUAACAACAAAUCCUCUUAUACUAAUACACUUCAUUUUUAAAAUAUGAUCAUAAAGACAGCAGGUCUAUUUACAAAGUAUCACAUAGUAAGUAAUAAAUAGUAUUACAGAAGAAGUUAAUUUGACUUGGGAAGAGAAAAAAGAAAUCAAAGAAGUUAUAACAUCAUAGAGUAACAAUAAAAUUGCACAAGGUUUUUUUUCUCCAUAAUAUUAUUGUAAAAAAUUAAACAUUAAAAAGUGGGCUACACAAAAAUAUUUUUUUUACAGAAACAUUGUUUCACAAAAAUAAUAUUAACUGCUAAUGAGUAUGAAAACAUAAAUGUCAAAUGUUCAAACAAUAUAUGACUAAACAUUCUUAGAAACAAAAUAACAGCCAGUCAAUGGAAAACCACACACAUUGGCAUUCAUGAAUUAACACUAUAAAACAAUGUGCCAAAUAGUCUCCUGGCAAGGGGCAGAUUUGGGAAAUAUACUAACAGUCCUCAUUAAAUACAGUCAGCACAAAACAGGUAAAAAAAAAUUAAUAAUUUGUUAGAAACUUGAACACUUGAUCAAAUUUUAUUAAAAAUCUUUUGAGUGACAGAUGUCUAACAGCAAGGCCCUAUCAUGCAAGUUGAAGGCUGAAAAAAUAAGGGAUAAGAAAUAUGUGAUGAAAAAAAAAGUCAGAUGCAAUGAUUAUGGGGCAGCUUUUUGUUAAAUAAAAUGAGUUGGAGGCAAUAAGAAUUACAUUAUUAAAAUUCUUUCGAUUUAAAUUGCUUGGUCUCUGUUGAAAUAAAUUAAACUUGACAAAAUUAUGUGUGAAGCAGCAACAUGCUUGCGUGUUAGUACAGUUUUUAAAUAUACGACAGAUGCAUUUGAUCAUUGAGUUUAGAUUGUUACUUUGAGUUUUGUCGCAUGCAGCUAAUGGAUGUUGGGCACAUUAAAGGCACUUUAUGUUGAGCUUUCAACAGGAAACAAUUUGGGAAAUUUCUUCUCAUAAAAAUUAUUUUCUUGUCAAAUUCCUGCAAAGCAUAACUUUUGAGUCUAACACCACAAAAAUUAGCUGCCUUAGCUUUUUUUUUUUUUUUUUCACAUCACUUUAUACUUCAGUAAAAUUAAACAGAGUAUAAAUGUUAAAAAAUGAACCAUAUCAUGCAAAUAAUUAACCGGAUAGAUAUGUAGCAUGUAAAGAUGUUGGAGGAUUCAAGGAGUGGACUAUAAAAGAAAAUUCCAUUCAACAACAAAAACAUAAAAAUUAUUUUCUUGUCAAAUUCCUGCAAAGCAUAACUUUUGAGUCUAACACCACAAAAAUUAGCUGCCUUAGCUUUUUUUUUUUUUUUUCACAUCACUUUAUACUUCAGUAAAAUUAAACAGAGUAUAAAUGUUAAAAAAUGAACCAUAUCAUGCAAAUAAUUAACCGGAUAGAUAUGUAGCAUGUACAGAUGUUGGAGGAUUCAAGGAGUGGACUAUAAAAGAAAAUUCCAUUCAACAACAAAAACCCACAAAAACAUCAAUAUUUUAACUGCUUGUUUUAAUUUAAAAUAUUUCUUGCUCUAUAUAAAUAUAAGUGAAGAGACAGCUUUAUUCAUUGUUAGUUGUAUUGUAAAGUUGCAUGAAUUUUAUCAUCAAAAGUGGAAUAGCCAGCUUUAACAUUUUAAUAUGUAAUCUUCAAUAACAGUAUCUGAGGUUCAGUACAGAAAGAUUUUGGUCUAUAGGGUAUAAUCUUGGCUUAGACCAUACUUUGACGUUUUAGUGCAUAAUGAUCCGCCAGCGUGCAAAUUCCAUUCAAGUUUUCCUCCGACGCUGCUAAGAAAUAACAUAAAAAAUUGAAUAAUAUUUAAAACAUGUGAAUCAAUCUGAAAUGUAUCAACACAAUCUGAUUAGAUUUAUCAUUUUAAUAAGAAUGUAUGAAUAUUUUUCUGCUGUAAAGUUAAAAAUAAAUAUCAAUAUCAUACUGAAUAUGUUACCUUGUAAAGUAAUUUUAAAAUAUUACAUGGAAUUAUUUAUGAGUCUCAAAUGUGAUUAUCGUUUAAUGAAAGACAGAGAGAUAAUAAAAUUGAAGUGACUGAGAAAAAAACAUCAAUAUUGCCUGAAUUAACAAACAAAUAAAUAUAAGUUAAAUUAAAAUAAGUUGACUAGAAAAAACAUUGUUAUAAUCUUUUCUAAUCUGUUAGAAUCAAAUUACUGAAAUAUGUUUAUUAAUUAAAACAAAUAAUGAAGAUUGUAAUUGAUUGUUUUUUUCCUUUAAAAUAUCAUCACAAUAUGAUUACUGAUGCUUACAAUUUCAUAAACAGAAAGCUCUUUUUUUUUUAAAAUACCGGUAUAAAUAUUCAGGGUGUUUAAAGUUAUCUUGCAUUACGUACCGGUAACAUAUAAAUAAUAGUUAUCAUAAAAAGUUAUGAAGAGUUAACAUUAAGAUGCUAGUACAUUAAAAAAAUUACUGUAAGGAGACUUUGAAAUUAAAAUAAACAUUAAAAAGCAGAUACUUAUUAUUAGUAAUUAAAUCAUGUUAAUUUUACACCAAAAAAUGUGCAUAAGACCAACUCACGCAUUUAGACAAAUUUCUUGAGUUUGAUGCUUUUAAUUAUUUCCAGCUAAAUGAAAUAAAUAACCCUUCAAAAGCUGCAUAGCUUAUUAGUGAUGAUAGGACAACAUUGAUGUGGGUUAUUAUAUAUGUAAAAAUAAGCAAGGCAAAAAGUUUUAGAACGAAAUGAAUGAAUAUAAUGGAAUAAAUAUUUAGAAUAUUUAUGCACCGGGGUAAACACUUAAAAGGGUAUAUUUUUGUUUUUUUCAUUUCUUUCUUAACCCAUCUUUGCACAUAUCCAAAAUCACUGGCUGUCAUGAUUAUUCUUUCAGUUUAGUUUUUUUAAUUGUGUACCCCUGUACAUAAAUGCAAUAUGCUAUGUAAUAUAAGGUGAAUAAAACUUUACUUGAAUCACAUAACCAUGCACUUAACAUGUUACCGUACCUACAUAAAAUAUGAUACACUGUUUAAUUUUUUUUUAAUUACGUCGCCUAUAAAAAUUAAAAUAUAGAGACAUGGGCACCAAUACUAGCAUUUAACUCAAAUUCCACUUUCCGAUAAAGAAUUACCUUAGAAUAACCUUCUUCAUUCAAAUUCAAGCUAAUUUUAAAGGCAGUGUCUACACGUCCGGCGCGCCGGACGUCUAUCUCCCGCACUAUGUGUCCGGCGACCAAGUCACAUGACCGCCGUAACAAAGUGGCGAGAGAUAUCUUGUCGGUCAGCCUUGUCACGUGACUGCGAAUAAUUAAAAACUAUUGUUAAUUUUAAAAUCUAUUUCUCUACCAAGUAAUGUACUGAGUAUCUUGAAUGCAAAUACUAGAAAAAGAAACUUAAGUGAAAGUGGCUUGUAAACAUUUUUGUUUAGUUUGUUAUUUUUUGUGUACCAGUAAUCCAUAAAAUAAAUUAGGGGCCAGUGUGGCAACCAAUAAAAGUUAAAGAUUUCAUUUUAAAUUAUUUCAAUUGCUACAAAAUAUUUAAAAACUUCUCAUGAAACUACUGUUGCUGAGGAACAUGAUAAUAUAAAUAUAUACAAAAUAUUUUAAUUAAAAUGGGAAGAAAAAAAACGAAAAAACGACCCUAUCCCCGGUAUAGAUCCUCAAACAUUCCUAUCGUCAAGCAACCACUCUACCACAAGACCAGACAAGAUGUACUAAAUCGUACUUCGUUUGGAAUUAUAAAAACUACUAGCCGUCCGGCCAUGUCCGGCGGUCACGUGACAAGUCGCCGGACGUGUAUCUUGUGCACUACACGUCCGGCGCGCCGGACGUGUAGACACUUCGAAUUUUAAAAGAGAAGAUGGCACCAUAGUCUUAGAUUUUACAUUACUGGUAGUUAAUGAGAUUAUAUUUCUAGCUAUGUGUUUUUAAUGUCAUCAUUUUAUCUAAGUGUUAGUUAAAAAUAACAAACAUCCAUAUACAAAAGUUAAAAGCAAAAUAAAAUAAACUUUCUAAUUUUUUUUAAAAAAUCCAAUUUUUAUAAAGCAUCUAGUCUAAGUUCUACUUUUAACAGUCAUACAUCACUUUGGAAAAAGAAAUGCUGACGCAGUGCUUACAAUUCCUUCAUGAUGGUCUUUCUGCUUAUGAUUAGAUGAAUACACUCUGACUUCUGCAAAAUAUGGACCUCUUAGUAAGACAGCUAUUUUCCCAGUAGGUGUGACUGCAACAUUCACCGGUUUUACAUUUUCUCCCAACUCUGAUGUAUUUUUCACGACAGUGCUGAGAUAGCGUCCUUUAGAAGAGAAGGCUUCUACUCUGAAAUUGCCACUGUCUGCCACAAUAAUGUUAUCAUCAUCAUCAACACAAACACCCAUUGGGGCAAGGAAAUUACCGUGAUUGUUCCCAGUAAACCCAAAACGAUGUUUGAACUUCCCAUCACUGCCGAAAACUUGGACUGAAUUGUUCAGUUUAUCAGUUACAAUAAUGUGAUCCUUGGAAUCAACAGCGGUGAACCCUGGGUGUGAGAAGUAACCAUCGCCAUUUCCUUUACGACCAAACUUUACUGAAAGCUUCAUUUGAUUAGUAAGAACAUACACACAGUGGUUCUGUGUUCCUGUUAGUGCCACACCACCAUUAUUCAAUUCAGCAAUGCCACAGGGCUCCUCAAAAGUGAAAAAUUUUCCAUAUUCUGCUUUACACUGACCUGCCAUGGUGAAAUGGCGUAUAGCAGCAAUAUUUUUGUGAACAGCUGCUAGAAUUUCAUCUCUUUUUGUAACUGUUAUGUCCUUAACCUUGCAGCCACACUUGAAAGCUGUAGUGAGUUCUCCUCCACUAUUGAAGAUAAAUAUUCUGUUUUGAUCUCCACCGUUGUCAGAAACAAUGUAGUGGCCACCUUGACUAACAGCAAGACCUAUGGGUUUUAAAAAAUCUCUAUUGGCUGAGCCUUGCUUUCCAAAUUUAAGCAUGAGAUUUUUAGUGCAUGCCACACUUGUCUGUUCAAUAUUAGGUGGUAUUUGAGGAUAUAAAAGUGGAGAAGUUCGAGAUGGCAUAUUUGAAAAUGUGUGAUUGUCAUUUGACUGGUUCCCAUAGAUGUGACUAUGAUUUUCAUUGUUUAUAUCAUGGACAAUUGGAACCCUUGUUAUUGGUAGACCUAAAUGCGUUCCGUCAAUAGUAAUAGCAUUUAAAUUCCAUCCUAUGGGAGACACAACAUUUCCUACAUUAGACGGUAUGCCAGCUAUAUUUGGGUAAAAUGCUUCUCCUUGUGGAUAAUAAGAUGGUGGCUUGAUGGGCUGAAUAUCUGACUUUAUAUGUAAACCUGGUGUUUCAUUGGGAUUAAUUUGUGAAGAGGGCAGACCAUUUCCUGGUUGACCAGGUUCUGAAACAACAACAAAUUCAUCUAAGCCUAAAUCCUUUGUUUUCUCAUUUUUAUAAGUGACUGGGGCUGAAGGCGACUGUCUUGGAACAACAAGCCAUUCUGGACUUGAAUCAUUGGUACAACUUUUAGCCAUGCAACCGUCUCCUAAGUCAUGGUUAGUGUCAGCAACACUGGAAUAGGGUGGUGGUUCUACAUUUUCCGUGAACUGUUGUUGCUUCCCUCCACAACAAACGUUUUCGUCAUUAUAUUCUAGCUUCUGGGGGAGUGUUGGCCCCAGUGAUCGCCUUGGUUUUGGCACCGGUCUCAUCGGGCUAGCUUUCUCAACCGUAUCAGACAAUGACGACAUAAGAUGGUUAUCUGGGAAUCCUUCCACUCCACUUUUUGGCAUUGUCGUAUCCCGCCGACAAGUUGGACACGGAAAACAACCAUCACUUUCGUAUCCACGACUCACAAUGUAGUCAUGCAGACAUAAUUCACAGUAGGUGUGUAAACAUGGUAGAGCUUUCGGUUUUAUAAAGUUAUUUAAGCAAAUUGAACAGGUUAAAUGAUCUUCUCUGAUCUGAGUUCUUAGUAAAGUCGACAUUUUGUUUAUAUUCAACGCUCCACUUCCGCUUUCUAAAUUAAAAAUGACUCAACAUUUUAUGAAACGCUGGAUCAAACAUAGAUAUAUUCAAAACGAAUUUAUCAAAGUAAUGCGUGCCUUUUAAAGUUAACUACAGUCUACUUAAUUGUAAAUUUUUCUUCUGUCAAUUCACAAAUUAAUUCCAAUUAUAAGAUUGAAUUCAAUUGGUAGUGUAGAUGUUUCUGCGACCAUUUUGACUAUGUUGAUGCCUCCCACCCCGAUUUUUUUUAAAGCCUAACUGGCAAUACUAUUUUAAAACUAUUACUAAAGCUGGUGACAGGUGUUUAUAUUUAUAGCUGUGGUUCUCAAUUAUGUUUGCCCUGAGAACCAUUUUAAGGUUCAUAAUAUUUUUAUUCAACACCCAAAUAAUGAACCGUAAAGUUAAUGACUUAUUUUCAAAUUAAAAAAUCUUUGUGUUUAUUUCAUAGCUUAUAAGGGGUCAUGCAUAAAUGACGUCACGCAAAUUUUGCCGAUUUUUGACCCCCCCCCCUCCCCCAUCUUAACAAAUCGUCACAAAAAGUUAGACCCUCCCUCAAAUAUAACGUCACAAAUCUCUGCCCCACUCCCUAACCCCCCAAAAAAUCAGUUUUUCAUGUUUCUCAAGGAGUAAAAUAUGACGACAAUCAUUUCACAAAAUAAAAUUCCUGAUAACUGCACUAAAUGAGAUUCUUCUAAAAAAAAAUAUCCCAAGUGCGUUUAAUGCGUAAUAUUUUCGUUUGUUUUUCUGAAAUAGUGAAAUAAAUCUGCGGUGUAAAUCAAGCGGGUGGGUCAUUAUAAUGUAAAUAUAGUUUAGGGGCAUGAAAAAAUGUGCUGUUGUGAGCCUGGUUUGGAAAAAAAGGGGGGGGGGGGAGAAAUAAUUGGGAUUGUUAUAAAAUUCUUUACUUGUAUUCAUUUUUUGUCCAAUUUUCAUCACCCCCCCCCCCCAAAAAAAAAAAAAUUGCUAUAUAAUACAUUUUAUAAAGUAAUAACACGAAAAACUUAGUUUUUAGAGAUUGUUUAAUUAUUUAUUAUUUAAGAGUUAUUAAGUGAAAGUUUUGACGUCACUGAUCGUUUGCUUUUUUUAAAAAAAAUGAUUAUUUAUUCAUUUAUCCUACUUUUUAAUAUAAAUUCUUCUGUAAUAUAUAAAAGUUCAGCUGUAAAGCAGCUUUACAGUAUUUUAAUUUCAAUUCUAUUUGUGCAUAAAACAAACAAAUUUAAAGACAUUUGAUUUGGUAUAUUUUUUAAUUAAAGAAUGAACUUUUUUUUAAAGAGUCAUAGUGAAUGUGUUUUUAGUUUAUGCUAACCAUUGUAAUGCAAAACAGAUGAAUUGAAUUACUUUUUUUAUACAGCAAAAGCUAAUGGGAUUGAGUUCUUUAAAUGGAAAAUUAAAAAGAGGCGGGGGGGGGGGGGGGGUUUAGGGGGGGUGUUUUGAUAUUAUUUUGCAUGAAUUACUUUUUUUAUACAGCAAAAGCUAAUGGGAUUGAGUUCUUUAAAUGGAAAAUUAAAAAGAGGCGGGGGGGGGGGGUGAGUUUAGGUGGGGUGUUUUGAUAUUAUUUUGCAUAUAAUGGUGUUUGUAGAAAUGAUAAAUUUUUUUUGACUAGCGAGAGGGGUGCAUGUUUGACACUGUGAAAAUCACACCGAACAACACAUUAAUUUUAUUCCGUUGUAGGAUAUUAACUUUAAAAAUACAUCUUUACAAAAUUUAAAAUGUUAAAAGGUCAAAUUUUGCAAUGGCACAUUAAGUUUUUUGUAAUGGUUUUAUGUUGACCAAGCAGAUAUCUUCAUUUUAAUGUGCAGGACUGUCUGUGUCUGUUUUUGUACAUGCUCUUGUUGCUAUUGGUAUUAAUUAAACCUUUCUUAAAUUAACUGUUUCAAUUGUCCACACAAAAACUUGCCUGUGUUUGUUUUCAAAUAAAAAGAAGAAAAUAAAAGUAAAAUAAUUUGAAAUACCCAUCUAACUCUAAUCGAACCAUCGUGUUAUGCACAAAUAUUGCAUCUACAAAUAUAUAUUUUUAAAAUAUCUAUACAUGCAUUUAUUUAUUUAGGUACAGGUUCUGGAAUAGGCACAUUCAUUCUCAACCUGUUAGAAGAUGACUACCCUGAAGUUUACAGGUUAGCUUUUUUUUCUUCUUUCUUUUUAUAUAAAAUUUGUUUUAAAGAGUAAUAAUUGGAGAAAAAAAAGUGGUUUAAAAAAAAAAUAUUUAUGCAAAGAAUUUCCCUUGCAACCAUCAGCUAUUAAUUAAUUUUCCUAUGAAAAUUUUAAUUUUCUAAUUAUUUAGUUUCAACUUCUUUAUUCCCAAGGUUUGUAACAGCAGUAUAUCCAUCCGCAGAGGAUGAUGUGAUUACGUCACCUUACAACAGUGUGCUUGCUAUGAGAGAGCUGACCAAUCACGCGGAUUGUGUUCUUCCAAUAGAAAAUCAGGUCUAAAGUCUUAUUAUCUCCAUGCCAGCUGAUGAUUCUGCUAAGUUGUCUGUGUUUUUUGUUACCAUGGGGUUGUGAAUUUUUUUAAUGUAAUAAUUCUUAAAAAACUAAAAACGCCACAACCUCUAAUAGGUCAAUACAUCCUACAAAUAUAAUAAUUUUUGCUGUAAUUUACUAUAAUGUCCAAAUUUUUUUUGGUAAUAUAAUUCAUAUCAAGCAGUGAGUAGUACUUAAUGGGAAGGAAACUUAAAAUAACUGACAUAUCUAUUUACACUAAAUAAUUUCACAAUUCCCCUCAGUAUGGGAGCAUUUAAUGACUUUGCCUAAGAUUCUUUAACAGCUUUGUUUGACUUUUCUUCCCAAUAUUUGUAUUCAUUGCACUGAUUUUUUUGGCCCUCCAGUAUGUAAAAAUGUGUAUACCUUAGGGAUAUUCUCUUUAUGGGCUUGGAUUUGGCUUUUAUGGAGACCACUGGGAAUGUCAGAAAACUUUGUUUCUAUAUUGGUUUGAAUUGUAAUUUUAGAACCACUGAAGUCUCUGAGUUACUAAAAUCACAUACAGUCUACAUUCCUUAAGUUAUUUGACUCAUAUUUUUUUGUGUUAACUGCUUGACUUUAGAAUGAUUUUAGAACCACCGAAGAAUAGACUUCAAAGAGUUAACAGUUUCUUGCAAUCUUCAGGCACUUGUUGACAUUGUUAACAAAAUCACACAAGCCAUUCCUUCAACCAAGACUGGCAAGCGAGUGUACAGUCAUCCAGUGGUGAAGACAGAGAGCGCCUUAACGGCUGGGACAAGUGGUGUUGUCAGUUCAUCGAAAGAGCGACCAUUUGACAAGAUGAAUAACCUUGUAGCAAACCUUUUAUUGAACAUGACAAGGUUUGUAUUUCUCUUAAGCUUAUUAGUUAAAAUUAUCUUAUUAAAGCUUUUUUAAAAAAGUUUAUUGAUGCAGCAAAAUAAAAACCUUGCCGUUUGAUGUUAUUUUAGACUUAACGUACUUAGCAAACUUAGAACUAUACUUCAGUCUUAUUCAUUCAAUCAGUCCUCAUGAGCUAAACAUGCUGAUUGUGUGGGCAUUUUAAAAACUUAUUGUUUCUCCUGCAAAACGUAUUUUUACUGUAUGUGGUGGCUUGAUGCCCAACGCACUUCCUUUAACCUGGCCGCCAGCAUUUGAUGCCCAACCCACUUCCUUUAACCUGGCCGCCAGCAUUUGAUGCCCAACCCACUUCCUUUAACCUGGCCGCCAGCAUUUGAUGCCCAACCCACUUCCUUGAACCUGGCUGCUGACAGGAUGGAGUUAAUUUUCACUUUGUCUUUAAUGAAAUGUGAUUGGGUCUUCAACAUAGGGCUUUAGUUUGAUUUAACCUGUGUAUGUGCCUCUGUAUGUUACAGUUCUGCCAGAUUUGAAGGUUCUCUCAAUGUGGAUCUCAACGAAAUAACCAUGAACUUAGUCCCCUUUCCUAAAAUGCACUACCUCGUUGCCAGCCAGACGCCUUUGUACUGUAUGUCUGAUGUCCAUCUACCACCUCGAAGGUUAGUUUAUAUUUUUUUUCAAGGAAUGUUUUUCUUAUAGUCUAACCUACUGCAUUUAUGAUUCUUAUCCCAUUCUUAAAAACUCCACAGCAAUAGUUCAUUGGGUAGCAUUCACUGCUACCAAUUUUACAGCAUUUUGUUGGCUGAUGUCCAAUUCUUCAAGCAUCUUUAAAAAUAUUUCAAUCAAGGUCUUUCAAAGUCUUCCCUGCUUCAUUAAUUACAUUCUUUCUUCUUUUGUCAUCCAGUGUGUAACAGUGACACCUAUGGUCAGUGACACCUAUUGUCAGUGACACUUAUGGUCAGUGAUACGUAUGGGCAGUGACACCUAUGGUCAGUGAUACCUAUGGUCAGUGAUACCUAUGGGUAGUGAUACUUAUGGUCAGUGAUACCUAUUGUCAGUGAUACCUAUGGGCAGUGAUACCUAUAGUCAGUGAUACCUAUGAUCGUGAUACCUAUGGGCAGUGAUACCAAUGGUCAGUGAUACCUAUGGGUAGUGAUACCUUUGGGCGGUGAUAACAAUGGUCAGUGAUACCAAUUGUCAGUGAUACCCAUGCAAAUACCCUAUAGUCCAUUCCAGGAUCUGUGUUCUCAUUCUUACGAUGUCUUCAUUCUUUACAUGCUCCCUGUAUCUCAUCUUUCUCAUGCUUCUUUGAUGAUGUACCUUAAAUGUCUGUACAAUUUUCUGUAUCAUUCCCCUUGUCUCACUGGUAUGUUUUUUGAGAUUUAACAAAUUGUUUUAGAUAAUCAUUUCUUAUCCAUUAUGAAUACUUAAUGAAAUUUGGAGAAUGUAGCAUUUUAAAAUUGUCACAACAUCACUUUAUCUGUUGUUUUGUUGUCAUUUUUUUUUUGCUGGUAAAUGGAAGCAUUCAUAAAAGCCACAGCUUUGAGACACAGCUUUAAGAUAUAUAUCGCAGUCAGCAGACUUAAAUGAAAUAAUAUAUGUCAUUAAUUAUAACCACCACAUCUUAUCUAUAGUGUUUUCAAUAAAUGUCUGCGUCACCCCUAGGCUUGACCAGAUGUUCUCUGAUGCCUUCGCGAGUGACCACCAAAUGCUGCAGGUCAACCCCAAGCGUAGCCUCUAUUUAGCCUGUGCCUUGAUGGUCAGGGGAAAUGUGGAACUGUCUGAUAUAAGGCGAAACAUCGACAGGUGAUUGUACUUUCUGUUGGAGCUAAACAAAAUGUGCUAAACAUAGGAGCCAGAAUGAUCAAUUCAUUGAUCGUGGGCCCUCAAAAUAAAGAAGAAGAAGAAGAAAUGUUCCCUUUAAUUAAUGAGAAGUAUAUAUAUAUAUAUAUAUAUUUAUUUAGGCAUUUUUUUUAUAGCGCUUACCUUACAGCUCUAAGCGCUUUACAAUUAUUAAAAAUAUGUAAACUAUUUAAACUGCUAAAGCAAAAGAAAAAGGAAAAAACCAGAGACACUAGAAUAGUAACUACAAUAAAAAUGACUAUAGAAACAGUAGCUUAAACAUUAAAAUGGCUAUAAAAACGAGUACACUUUGGCACGUUUUGGCCUAUACUACAGGAUCAACCCGAGACAGAAAAUGAGGCAGGGCAAGGAGGGUGCUUAGGUCAUAGGCGGACCUAAACAGAUGGGUUUUAAGGGACUUUUUGAAAAUUGGACAAGGUUUCACAAUGACGGAUGUGGAAGGGGAGCAGGUUCCAGAAUUUUGGCGCAGGGAAGUAGAAGGAGCAUUCACCGAUGAUCUUAGUUUUGGUUCUUGGGAUUGAGAGGGUUCUAUUGUCAAUUGAAGAGCGUAGUUGUCUUGUGGGGGUGUAAGGAAGCAACAGUUCAGAGAGAUAGACAGGAAAGUGAGGGUCAGUGAAUGAGUUGAAGCAUAGAUUGGCAGACUUGUACUUGAUGGGAGAGGAUAUUGGAAGCCAGUGGAGUUGCUGCAUGUGUGGUUGAAUGUGGUCAUGUUUCCUUGAUUUAAAAAUGAGUCUGCAUGCUGAGUUCUGUGCCUUCUGAAGUUUUUCUAUGUGGCGUUGAGGAAUGCCUGCGAGAAGAGUGUUACAGUAGUCAAAUUUUGAAAUAAUGAGUGAAGAGACUAGAGUUUUUGUGGCAUCAAAGGAGAGGAUGUGUCUAAUGGUGCUGAUUUUUCUAAUUUCGUUGUAUGCUGAUCUGCAUAUGUUCGUGACAUGUUUGUCCAUGGAUAGGGUGUCUGUAAGUGUGACUCCAAGGUUUCUGGCAGAGGAAGAGAGUGUGAUGUCAGAGUUGCCGAUAGAUAUAGAAGAAGGAGCGGAUGGAGGGAGAGGUUUGUUUUGAGAGGGGAUGAGAAGGAUUUCCGUUUUAUCAUCAUUUAGCUUCAUUUUGAUGCAAGUCAUCAAACGCUUUACGUCGUCCAUGCACUCAAGUAUGCGAAGGAUUGUGGCAUCAAGUUGAUCAGGAAAGCAAGAGUCACUGAUUUGAGUGUCAUCAGCAAAGGAUUGACUGGAAACUGAGUGGUAGCUAAUGAGAGAUGAUAGAGGUUUAGUGUAGAGGAUGAAAAGGACCGACCCAAGGACCGAUCCUUGAGGAACUCCAAUAGACAGGGCUGAACAUUUGGAAGAGCGUUUGGAAAUAGAGACUGUUUGAGUUCUAUCAGAAAGAUAAGAUUGAAACCAGUUUAAAGCUGAGCCAGUAAGUCCAAAAGAAAGAUGAAGACGGUCAAGAAGAAUCUGGUGGUCAAUGGUAUCAAAUUCAGCAGAGAGAUCUAACAGAGUGAGAAUAGAGAGUUUGCCACAGUCCAUCGCACGCAGGAGGUCGCACAUGACUCGGACUAGUGCUAUGUCUGUGUUGUGACCAAGUUGGUAGGUGGACUGAGAGGAAGGAUAGAGAUUGCGAGAAUGAAGAUAGCCAAAGAGCUGAGAGAGUACUAGUUUUUCUAUGAUUUUUGAGAGAAAGGAGAGGUUACUUACGGGGCGGUAAUUCUUGAGUGUGUUUGGGUCAAGUGAGGGUUUCUUUAGGAGUGGCAGGACUAUCGACCGUUUAAAAAUGGGAGGGAAGAUGCCAGAGAGAAUAGAAGAAUUUAUGUAAUAUAUAUAUAAAAACUUUUUAAAGAUUAGUUUGGCCUUUAAUUCAACGUUGGGGAGUCUAUCAUUGGCUGUGCUGAAAUAUACCCUUUCAAUUUUUCUACCUCACUCAGCCUUUGUGAUUCUAUUGUGAAAAUUGACAAUUAAGACAUAAUAGUGUAGAUUUUUUAUAACACCUGAUAGACACACUGUAUCUUUUUCCCAGUGUCAAACAACAAGAACAAAGCUUUGAUGAACAUUUAUUGAGACUUAAAAAAACCAAGUAUAAAUGUUGUGAAGUAUUUCAAACCUUUACAACACCAUUGUUGGUAGCAGUAACAGGCAUGUCAUAAAGUAUAAUAAAAAAUAUUUCUGUUUAAUGUGUAACUUGUUUCCUUGUAUUGGAAUACUGUUUUUGAUAUUCAUCAAAUAUAUUUCACAAAUGUAUCCUAGAAGUUUACUUUGGCAAAACCAUUUUUUUUCCCCAGGUUAAAGCCAAAUCUUCACUUUGUGAAUUGGAAUCAAGAGGGUUGGAAAACUGGCCUGUGUUCAGUUGCGCCAGUUGGGCAGCCAUAUUCCCUGUUAACUUUGGCCAACAAUACCUGUGUACACAACACAUUUUCAGAAAUCAGGGAUCGCUUCAACAAACUUUAUAAGAGAAAGGUAAUCUCUAUAUUUUUUUGGGGUCAUUUUUGCUGCAACUGUCAUCCUGCCAGGCUGAUGAUAUUUAUAUCAUUCAAAAAAAGUGGGAGAUGAUUUUAAACUAGCAGGUCAAAAUAUUUAGAUCAUGGCCCAUUUAUUAACAUCUAACCACGUGCCCAUUUAUAAACAUCUAACCAUAUGCCCAUUUGUUAACAUCUAACCACAUGCCCAUUUAAUAACAUCUAACCACAUGCCCAUUUAACAACAUAUAACCACAUGCCCAUUUAAUAACAUCUAACCACAUGCCCUUUGAAUGGAUAGCAUUUUUGGUUAUUAAAUAGAAACUUAAAUAUCCAAACAUCAGUUAGCCGUACUUGUGUAUAAUGACCCAGCAAUGUAUUUUAUUAAUACAGUAAGAAAGGGAAAUAUUAUUACUCAACAGCAUUUUGAGUCCAAUCAAAUUGGAGCAUGUUGCAAAAGCCUUGACGCCAAACGUUUUUUAUUUAGGACAUGUGUUUAUAAGGGGUGUAUUAAUUAACAUUUUCUCGGGUACAGAAUACAUUGAAAUAUUUUUGUCAUUUAAAAACUGAGAAUGAUUUCCUGCUGAAUGUCUAGCUUUUGAUUCGUCCAUGCUCUCCCAAUUUCCCUAAAUGCCAUUCUAGGAGGUAAGAAAUUAUUUGGUUUAUAAUGUCAUCCAUCUCCAGGCCCACCUCCACCACUACACACAGGUGGAGGGGAUGGAACUGGCCGACUUCACAGACAGCCUGGAGUCACUGAACUCGGUCAUCACCGAGUACUACAGCUUGGAGCAAUCCAUGGGACAGCCUGUUGUGGUGGAGCCCCGUUUACAAAUAGCAUCAUGAC